GAUCCGCUAAUAGGACAGAAGAGCAGACGCACAACUUCAGCUUUAAAUCUACCCACGGUUCCUCUUUCCUCGUUUUUUUUCCACUUCAACUCAAACGAGCUUGAUGUGAGCCAGGAGGGGAAAAAACUCCAAAAAUCACCUCCUUUCCCUUCUGUCACCCGCACAGAGCACCUCUCACCUUUACUUUCGGAUUGUGGCUUUAACUCACGGCUUCACUGGGCACAAACGACACCAGAUUCUCUUCUGCAACUUUAACGCACACCAGGGACAAAAUCACCGACAGGGAAACAGUUUUUUUAAUUUUUCUGGCACAAAGAAGCGUUAAAGUUACACAAUGAGUCUGAAGUCAGAUUCAGAGACGAACACCAGUGUUUCAUUAGAGGAGGAGGUACGAACGCUAUUUGUCAGCGGGCUGCCUGUCGACAUCAAACCACGUGAGCUUUACCUGCUGUUCAGACCCUUCAAGGGAUAUGAAGGAUCUCUCAUAAAACUGACCUCAAAACAGCCUGUGGGGUUUGUCACGUUUGACAGCCGGUCUGGGGCUGAAGCGGCCAAGAAUGCUUUGAACGGUAUCCGCUUUGACCCAGAGAGCCCUCAAACGCUGCGUCUGGAGUUUGCUAAAGCCAACACGAAGAUGGCGAAGAGUAAACUGAUGGCCACGCCAAACCCUUCCAACCUGCACCCAGCUCUAGGUGCGCACUUCAUCGCUAGAGACCCAUAUGACCUGACGGGCGCAGCACUGAUCCCUGCGUCUCCUGAGGCGUGGGCUCCGUAUCCCCUCUACACCACUGAACUGACCCCAGGCCUGCCUCACGCCGCCUUCACCUACCCCGCUGCUGCUGCUGCUGCCGCAGCCCUGCACGCCCAGGUGAGGGAUCAACCGAUGCGCUGGUACCCUUCUCCCUCUGAAAGUUCUCAACCGGGCUGGAAGUCACGCCAGUUCUGUUAAAUAAUCAAUGCCAUUCAUUACCAGACGUUUUGUUUUUGUUUCUCCCUCCUGUUUAAAUGAAGGACAACUGGGCUCAGCUUUUAAUUUAAUCAGAUUUAUUUAAUGGACAAUCUAAGCAUGAAGGAUUGUUUUCCUGGAGGAAG